AUCAUUCCCUUCCCUCUCCGCCAUCAAGCGCAUCCACGCGCACUCCCUCCGCACCGGCGUCCCUAUCUCUCACCCGCAUUUCGCCAAACACCUCAUCUUCACUCUCAUCUCCUUCCUCCCUUCCGUCCCCACCAUGCCCUAUGCCCUCUCCAUCUUCUCCCAGAUCCACUCCCCCGACGUCUUCACCUUCAACACCAUCAUCCGCGGCUUCUCCCAGUCCCUCAACCCCUCCCCCGCCCUCUCCAUCCACCGCCGCAUGCUCGCCUCCUCCAUCCCUGCCGACACCCACACCUACCCUUUCCUCCUUAAAGCCUGCGCCAAACUCAUGGCCCUCCGUGAAGGUGAGAAACUCCAUUGCCGUUCCUUCAAAGACGGGUUUGAAUCCUCUGUCUUUGUUCAGAACACGCUUGUCCAUUUCUAUGCUGCUUGCGGCCUUUUUGAGAAUGCACAUCAUGUGUUCGAGAGAAUGCCCGAGAGAAAUCUUGUUACUUGGAAUUCAGUGAUUAAUGGUUUUGCUUUGAAUGGGCGGCCUAAUGAGGCUCUUACCUUGUUUAGGGAGAUGAUGUUUGAGGAUGAAUGUGUUGAGCCUGAUGGUUUUACCAUGGUGAGCUUGCUCACUGCUUGUGCGGAGCUCGGCGCCCUCGCACUUGGUCGGAGAGUUCAUGUGUUCUUGUUUAAGAAAGGAUUGGAUUUCAAUGCUCAUGUUGAGAAUUCUCUCAUUGAUUUGUAUGCGAAAUGCGGGAGGAUUGAUGAUGCUUACAAGGUGUUUGUUGAUAUGUGUGAGUCGAGAAAUGUCGUUUCUUGGACUUCAUUGAUUGUUGGCCUCGCCAUGAAUGGUUUCAGCAACGAGGCGCUUGAGUUCUUUGCAGUAAUGGAACAGGAAAGACUGGUGCCUACCGAGAUCACAAUGGUGGGAGUUUUGUAUGCUUGCAGUCAUUGCGGGCUUGUCGAUGAUGGAUAUCAAUAUUUCAAUAGAUUGCAGCAGCAAUACAAUAUAGUUCCAAAGAUUGAGCACUAUGGCUGCAUGGUUGAUCUUCUUGGAAGGGCUGGCUUGGUGGAAGAGGCACACAAUUACAUCAUUUCAAUGCCGAUGGCACCUAAUGCAGUUGUGUGGAGAACUCUGCUAGGUGCUUGUGCAAUGCAUAAGACUCUUGCACUCGGGGAGGUGGCUUGGGCAAAGCUCUCAGAGCUGGACCCUGGUCACAGUGGUGAUUAUGUGCUGUUAUCAAACCUUUAUGCAUCUGUUGGCCGAUGGGCCGAUGUUCAUAAACUGAGACGGAACAUGUUGAAGAGUGGGGUAAGGAAGAAACCCGGUCAUAGUCUUGUCGAAUUAGGCAAUCGGGUUUAUGAGUUUGUGAUGGGAGAUAGAUCACAUCCACAGAGUGAUUCGAUAUAUGAGAUGCUCGAAGAGAUUGCUGUCAAACUAAGAUUACAAGGUUAUACUCCCCGAACGUCGAAUGUGUUGGCUGACAUUGAAGAGGAGGAGAAGGAAAAUGCACUAAAUUAUCACAGUGAGAGGUUGGCCAUUGCCUUUGCCUUGAUGAACACUUCUCCCGGAAUGCCGAUUAGGAUUGUUAAGAACUUGAGAGUGUGUGCUGAUUGCCAUUUGGUGACGAAACUUAUCGAAGGUUUAUGAUCGGGAGAUUACAGUGAGAGAUAGAAGCCGGUUUCAUCAUUUUAGAGAUGGAUCAUGUUCUUGUAAGGACUAUUGGUAGCAAGCUGAUUGAAACUUGAUCAGAAUUCUUGCUGAAAAAAUGGUGCUUGUAGUUUUGGUAUAAGUUCAUGGACCGAUUAAUUAAUGUAGUGUACCAUAUUUUUCUCACACUGGUAUUUAUAUGGAUCAGAGUGAAUUCUGAUUGAAGUUUGCUGCAAGCAUAAGCUUCUAAAGAUUAGUUCAUUAUUUUGUUGUUCUUUAUCAGACUUGGCAAACGGACGGAGAGGGUGAAAUUGUUGAUAGAGUUGACCUGUAUUUUUCCGGUUUAUAAACUUUUUAUUUGUAUUUUCUCGCCUAGGGAGCGGGUGGGUCCCUAUUUACCCGCGGAUAUAUAUGUUCAAUAAAUUUUUCUUGGACUCA